AUGAGCGGCCACAACGCCCAGGACCGCCGCCCUUCUGGUAACGCCAAGAAGAACCCGGCGACAUCAUCGGCCUCAAGAACGUCGUAUGCAUUGCAAAAGCAUCGUACUAGUAUAAAUUGCAUUACAAAGCUUCUCAGCAUGAAAAAUUGAAUUUGUCAUGCUGUUUUACCUCGGAAAGGAAAUUUGUCAUGCAUAACUGCAAUUAGUACGAGUGCGAUGCUUUUGCACAGGAUACCUCGAUGCUGCCGCCCCGCCUGCUGCCCCCGCCGAGAAACAAACGGCUGGCGUCUUCGGGAAGUGGUCAACAUGCGGAGGAUGUAGUUCUGGAAACAAGCACUAAGAAGUCGCUGCCCGCCGUCUCCCUCGCAGGACCAACAAAAAUUGCCGGCAGCAGCUCCUCCUCUGUCGUUCCGCCGGCUAGCAAGAUCUUCACAGAGAACAAGACAUCAACGGGAGCAGCUAGUGCAAGAAGUGCAGCGGCCGCUGUCAAAGAACCUCAAAUCCAAACAACAAAGCCGAUGUCGUCAACAUCAAAACCGAAACCGCCAGCAACUGAGGAGUGGGUUCAGUUGCUCGCCCAGCAUCACAAAAUUCCGGCGACAAGUCAGGUGUUGAACAAAGUGCGAAACAAAAACCUCCACCUCACCACCUACAGUGGCGCCGCGGGGCAGAAGCGAGGAACGAAAAAUGGGGGAAUAAGAAAUAACCCCGGGGGUCCAGCAGCUGCUGCUGCUGCUUCCGUGGCGCGAGCAAGGCUGGCCUCGACCGGUAGCACAAGUACUAAAACCACCUUCAAGGCGAAAGGAAAAGGGGCCUCCAAGAUAAAUACCGCGCAGCUCAAACCCGCAAAAAAGAUCGGGCACAGGGCGGCAAGGGAGUUGAAGCUCUUUGAAAUUGGGGAACGGCCAGAGCAGAAGAGAAGUCAUGGAGGACGUCGAAAUGGACGUGGUAAAAAUGUGUUAAAUUCGGCUGGGAGUACUUGCGCAGCGACGACGAGCAUUUUAGGCCCAGCAGCCGAAGAAAACGUUGAUAUGGAGGAACAGCUGGAGGGCCGUAGCGCGCAAGAACUACCGGGAAUAAAUCGUGAUCCUGAAGUUGACCAAGUAGAAAUUAUGCAGGGGAAAAAUAUAAUUGAAGGGAAGACCACAACAUCAAAGCGACCACCACGACGACCUCCAGCACAGGGCUCAUCUACAUUCGCCCCGACUCGGUUAGAACAGCGACUGGGGAUACAGAUCGGGCGUGGAGCUACUACCACAUCAACUGCGCCUGCUCGUCGCAGCACCAGUAGUAGGAAGAAGACACGACGUCCUCGGCCAGAUGCGACGAACAACCCAGGAGCGCGACCACGUCCGAAUUCUGUGGCGAACUACAAGAACACGCAGGACUCUACUAGCCAAGCUGCUGCGUUAAGAGUAAAACUUCCAGAUGAAACAGAAAUGCCGGAGGCACAACACGCUCCUGCAUCUUCAAUGCGCGUCGAUGAAGCUACCACUCCUGCGCCAGUGCUGCCAGAUCAUCAUGAAAUAUUAACCGUCGCACAAGAAAGUUGUAGUAGAAGUCCUCUCCCCGCAGGAGUAUUUCCUCCUGACCAACCCGCCCUCGACCUCGCGAGGGCUUUGAACUACAACUUGGACAGAAGAAAGACAGAAGUUCUCGUGCCGAAACAGGGCUAUCAAAUGCAAAAAUGUCUGGGUCUGGAAGGAUCCGAACUUGUGAUGCGCAUUCUAGAACACAGAAAAAUCUCUCAUGCAUAGGUAGCAAAAGCUGCCGUCGACUUUCUGUCACCAAAAUGGGGGAUUUCUCAUGCGGGUUCGGCAUUGCGGAAGCUUGUCGAAACCUGUGAUGCUAGAGCUUCCAUGCCAGACCUUCCGUGUCAUGCAAAAACAGCAUGACUCUUCCAGACCCAGACAUUUUUACAUUUGAUAAAGGCAAGCGGAAGACCAAACCCUUACCCGAGGCGAAGUUUGGGAAAUUUUUCGUGCUUGCCGACAAGUGGCAGCAGUACUUCGUAUCAAAUGCAAAACUGUCUGGGUCUGGAAACUUGUGAUGCAAGUCUGUGAAUGAUAGGCGCACUACAAUAUGCAGCCAAGCAAGACAAGUUUUUGCACGUUCCAUGUGCUUCGUUUUCCGCAUGGCAAACUGCACUGCGUUUUUGCAUGACAGGCAGGAGGCCCCGUUCCUGCUUACGCAUCACAGAUCCAAGAGUCAUGCCAGACAAGCAAGACAAGUCCGGCAUUCUUCCAGACCCGGACAUUUUUGCAAUGCAUACUUCGAGCGAAACAACAACCUCACGCGGGCGACGGUGCUGGUCGGCGCGCGAGUGCGCGUCUGGGAGAAUGGGGACCGGGUCCGGAAAUUUAGGGCGUGGAAAAAAGCAGGCGAUUUGUCCAGGCGAAUAAAUAAACACGGAGGGAUUUUCUGGGGGAAGAAGGGCGUCGUGGGGGAUUUUUCUUUGAUGUACACUGAGGAUGAUCUCGUCGGCCUUGAUGCAGUCGACUCUUCAGACGAAGAAGUUUGUUGUUCCAGAGACGGCGGAGCUAUUAAGCAAGGGAAAAUAAAUCAAAGUGAAGUUCUUGCGAAGCAGGAGGAGGAUGCUGUAGUUGACGACACAAGGAGGGGUGGAAUUUUUGGUCAAGAGAAAAUAAUAAGUGAGAAGAAGAAUGUGAAUGUGAAUAGGACUAGCGCAGAUGUUGAGCUUAGCAACAAGUUCCUUGCACCAGCUCAGAACUACGAGUACAUCGAGGUGGAGAAAAAAAGACUACUAAAAGCGGCAAGAGGAACUACUGGAACAACCGACCAGAAGAUAUUGGACGUCGAUAAAAACGGUACAACAACUUCUGCAACAGGAGGUGCCAGCACGACAGUCGCACCAGCAGAAACUACGAAAAAUGCGGAAGUAUUAACAGAUGCGAAGCGGGAAACCAAGAAAAGGAAACCGCCUGCAGGAACAAUUUCAUCAAGUUCCCCCUCCAUGUAUCAAAUGCAAAAAUGUCUGGGUCUGGGAGAUUGCGACAUUUCUCAUGCUGGUCUGGUAUCACUCUGAAGUCUGUGUUGCAUGGCCGCGAAGUAGAGCUCCUCCUCCCUGUCAUGCAAAAACGCAGUUUCUCGUGCGGAGUACGCAAUUGAGAGGCAUGAAAAAACUUGUCAUGCUUGGCAGCGCAUUAUAGUGAGUUCACUACUUUUCCCUUUCUUGCAUCACAAGUUUCCAGACCCGGACAUAUAAUUUGCAAUGCAUACCAUUCUGCUCAGCCACGGCAUCAUCGUGAAGGAAAGCGCGAAGACGCUGGAGGUGGUGGGCUGCGACGACAAAAUCCGCAAGUACAUCAAAGCGCUGUGCAUCUUCGAGCUCCUCUGGCAGUCGGAAGAGGACGACGAUGGCAAGACGCAAAUCCUCUCCACUAUCAAAAUGGAAAAUCCAUCCUCCCCACAUCGAAGCGAAAUUUCUGAUGCUGGAUUUUGCGUACACAAAUCAGGUCUGUCUUGCAGUAGAGGAUUGCAGGCCCAUAAUAUCAUGCAAAUGUGGAGAGGUUUUUGCCUAGGCACUUAGCAUGAGGAACGUCAAUGCUGUAGGACCAACAGCAUUACAAGCCGCCUGCACAAUGAAUGGGACGUAGCCCAUGCCAUCGCUUUCUUGCAAGACAGACGCGAUUUUUUGUGGUCACAAAUCAGCACCGCAAAUUCUCUGAGGCGUUCCGUUUCGAUAUGGGGAGGGAGGAUUUUUCCUCACGAUAUCCACCGGUGUCUACUUUCAACGGGCCAGCGAGGCUUUCAGGCUGUGAGAUCCCGAUCUGCAAUGCGCGUCGGUUUAGCAGGCCGCACCGAUUUAUAUAAAUGGUGAUUGUUCUUUCUCGAAGAACAAGAAGUGCUAGUGGUGGAAAACGGCGUUUCAAUCGAGUUACUUACAACCGACUUGAUUUACGACCGGAACAAGUAGAUGGAAAUCCGGAAUUUCAUUUGACAAAACAGGCGACACCAACAUCUAUAAUUAACUCCGGCCCUACCAAAGGCAUAGGUACAAGUGAGUGGAAACCCACUAAGUGCCUCUUGCGGAAGACUGC